AGAAGCAGUUACAGAUGAUAACCCAUGGUGUCCUGAAACCAAAACCAUGGCUCAAAUAGCCGAGGCAACUUAUGAUUUUGAUGGCUAUUGGAAAAUUGUUGAUCUCCUUCACAAAAGGUUGUGUGAUGUUAAUUGGAAGAAAUGGAGACAAUCUUACAACUCAUUGAUCUUGCUGGAAUUUUUAAUAACACAUGGUCCUGAGGAUUUUGCAAUAGAAUUUAGAAGUGAUGUCGACGUUAUUAAGGAGUUGGGAACAUUUCGUUACAUAGACAAAAAGGGGGUGAAUUGGGGACAUUACAUGAGAAACAAAACAGAAAGGAUUUUAAAAUGUCUUCAAGGAGGAUCAUCACUUCAAGAAGUUCGAUCCAAGGCAAUAAAACUUACAAAUGAAAUCCAAGGAUUUGGAAGUUCAUCGUCAUCAACAUCUCCUUCAUCAACAGCGUCCCCAACAAGCUCAUGGCGAUCAUCAUUUGAAUCUAGUUCUCCUUCUAGCCCUACGUUAUGGCAUGACAAUACAAAUUAUUACCAAAAACACGGCGAAGUGAAUAGGCAACCCUUUAAUCACCAACAAGACUUGUUAGAAGCUAAUUCUCCUUAUUGAUGAUAGAGACAUAUUGGAUUGGAAUUCAAUUGAAGAAACUUUCACUGAAAUUGAUUUGAAUGAUGAUUAUGAAGAUCGGAAUAAGAAAAAAGUAGGAUUUUUCAAAGGAAUUUACGGGAAACAUGUUGGUUAUAGCCCAUUAAAGAAGGGAAGUGAGCGAAAAAAGAACACUUGAGUACGUUGAUCACUAUUGUUCACUAAGAAGAUGUUAGAACUUCAAGUUUCAAAUAAUGAACUUUGCUUGAUAAUCAAUCGAUAUAUAUUACUUGAUCAUAAA